CGGUUAUUGCCAUACCAUCGGUUCAUACAACAGUCGCACAACAGUGAACACAAAUACCUGCGUGAUUGUGUAUACGAAGCGAAUAGUGGCGAGAUAAUCGAACCAGUAACGAAAACAAACAACGCUGCUGCGAUGCUGGAAGUUAGCUUGAUAACGGUAGCGGUGUGUGUCACGCUGGCCGUCCUGAUCUAUCGCUAUGUGACCAGAAAGUAUUACUACUUUGCGGAUAAACCGAUACCGUUUCUGAAGCCGGUGUUCGGUUUGGGCAGUGCCGGACCGUUGGUGUUCAAACAGCGCGAUUUUCUCGAGCACUUUAAGUUGCUCUAUCAAAGCUUCCCCGAUGCCAAAAUUUUCGGCUUCUUCAGCAUGACGGAUCCGUUCUACAUGAUUCGCGAUCCGGAGCUAGCCAAACGGCUCGCCGUGAAGGAUUUCGACCACUUCGUCGACCAUACCGCCCUGUCGGUCGAACAGGAAAUCGACAAUCCGCACAUGUUGAUGACGAACACGCUGGUGGCACUGCGCGGUAACAAGUGGCGCGAUAUGCGUGCCACGCUCAGUCCGGCCUUCACCGGAAGCAAGAUGAGACAGAUGUUUACGCUGAUCGCCGAAUGCGGACAGAGUAUGGUUGAGUACUAUCGGGAACGGGCCCGGUUGGAGGGACCUCAGGUACUGGAGAUGAAGGAGGUGUUUUCCCGAUUCGCCAACGAUGUGAUUGCGACGGCUGCUUUUGGCAUCAAGGUGGACUCAUUCAAGGAGAAGAACAACGUUUUCUACACUUUGGGACAAUCCGUUCUCAAUCCGACGGGGCUGGUGUCGACUUUGAAAAUGAUAGGAUAUCAAUUGGUUCCCAAAUUGAUGCUGAAGUUUAAUAUUGACUUUAUUAGUUCGGAACACGACAAGUUUUUCCGUGGUAUGAUUACCGAUACGAUGAAAACGAGAACGGAGCAGAACAUUUUUCGGCCUGACAUGAUUGAGCUGUUGAUGCAGGCCAAGAAGGGUAGUUUGAUUCAUCAGUCUGACGAGCAGAAAGAGUCACCGGCUGAAGGGUUCGCAACGGUGGAGGAGUCCCAGGUGGGCAAGAGGAGCCACAAUCGUGUCUGGACCGAUAACGAAUUGAUUGCGCAGGCUUUUAUAUUUUUUCUCGCUGGGUUUGAAACGGUUUCAUUGACCCUUUCUCUGGUCGUAUACGAACUAACGAGAAACGUUGAAGUGCAGGUCAAGUUGUAUGAGGAAAUCCUCAAGACAGAACGUGAGCUCGGUGGGAAACCGUUAACCUAUGAAGUGCUGCAAGGGAUGAAGUAUCUGGAUAUGGUGAUUUCCGAAUCGCUACGUAUGUGGCCAAUCGGCACACUGAUUGAUCGAAUGUGUGUGAAGGAUUACUUGGUUGACGACGGGCAGGGUUGUCGGUUUACGAUCGAAAGAGGAAGGAGUGUGUUCGUCAGUAUAAUUGGCCUUCAUUACGAUCCGAAGUAUUACCCGGAACCAGAGCGGUUCGACCCGGAGCGCUUUAGCGAGCAGAAUCGGGAUAAAAUUAAUCCAAAUGCCUAUUUGCCGUUCGGUCUUGGCCCGAGAAAUUGCAUCGGUUCUCGUUUUGCUCUAAUGGAGAUGAAGUCAAUUGUUUACUAUCUGCUGUUAAACUUUAGCUUUGAGGUGCAUGAGAAGACCCAGAUUCCGCUCAGAUUUGAGAAAUCACCCACAAAACUCAAAACGGAGAAAGGAGUUUGGUUGGAGUUCAGACCCAGGGCUGAGCAUAAACCAUAGGGUACACGUUCCUGUGGUUCACAAUUUAAUGAAAAUAUUUCAUUUCUUCAUGUGUUCGAGCACAUUGUUAUUCAUAUUUAUAUUUAAAUAAUUUAAAGGCAUAUAAGGGUAUUUUGAAAUUGUAUAAUAAAAAUGUGCAUCGAAAAAAAA